GCAACACACAGUUGUUUUUUUCAUCCACUACCAGAAGCUCCGUCCAUUGGAACGCGCUCGUGGAGAGCGCCAGAACUGAGUUAACACACAGCGGGACCGGCGGAUUUCUCUUGGAAAAUGCAAGGUCGGAAGUUUUUGGUAUUUGUUUACCUUGGGAUGUAUCUUUGGACGUCGUUCUUCUUUAAAGGGUCUCUGCAGGGGGAAUACCAGAGGAAACUGUACAAGGAGCUGAUGGCCGACUACAACCGACUGGAGAGACCAGUCGCUAAUGACUCCGCCCCCAUCCUGGUGGAGCUGGGCAUGACCCUGCUGCAGAUCAUUGACGUGGAUGAGAAGAACCAGGUUCUGAUUACGAAUGUUUGGUUGCAGCUGCACUGGACAGAUGUAUAUCUCAGCUGGAAUCCUGACAAUUACCCAGGCGUCCAGAACCUGCGUUUCCCCUCCAAUCAGGUCUGGGUGCCUGACAUCCUCUUAUACAAUAGUGCAGACGAAAGGUUUGAUGCCACCUUUCACACAAACGUCCUGGUCAACGCAUCGGGGUACUGCCAGUACAUUCCCCCAGGAAUCCUGAAAAGCACGUGCUACAUCGACGUGCGCUGGUUCCCCUUCGACGUGCAGAAGUGCAACCUGAAGUUCGGCUCCUGGACCUACAACGGCUGGCUGCUGGACCUGCAGAUGCUGGCGGUGGACAUCUCCGCCUACAUCCCCAACGGGGAGUGGGACCUCGUGGGAGUCCCGGCCAAGAGGAACGAGCUGUAUUACGAGUGCUGUAAGGAGCCGUACCCUGACGUGACGUUCACAGUCACCAUGCGCAGGCGAACGCUCUACUACGGUCUGAACCUGCUCAUCCCCUGCGUGCUCAUCUCCGGCCUCGCCCUGCUCGUCUUCCUGCUGCCUGCUGACUCCGGGGAGAAGAUCUCGCUGGGAAUCACGGUCCUGCUGUCCCUGACUGUCUUCAUGCUGCUGGUGGCCGAGAUCAUGCCGGCCACCUCCGACUCGGUGCCUCUGAUCGCCCAGUACUUCGCCAGCACCAUGAUGAUCGUGGGCCUCUCUGUGGUGGUCACCGUCCUUGUCCUCCAGUUCCACCACCAUGACCCCCACGGAGGAAAGAUGCCGAAGUGGGUUCGAGUCGUCCUGCUGAACUGGUGCGCCUGGUUCCUGCGCAUGAAGCAGCCGGGAGAGGACCGCAAGCUGAUCGGCUACAAGUACAGCCACGCCCCGCAGCACCACUGCAGCGCCAGCAGCAUCGAGAUGAGUGCCAUGGCGGGCCAGCCGGGGGCCAGCGCCAACGGCAACAUGAACAUCUACUUCGGCUACCACACCAUGGAGAACCCGUGCUGCCCGGCCAGCAGCGACUCGGGCGUGGUGUGCGGCCGCGCCGGCGGCUCGCCGACCGACGAGCGGGAGCGCCACGGCGCCUCGCUGGCCGAGCACGCCCCGGAGAUCGGCCGCAUCCUGGAGGAGGUGCGCUACAUCGCCCGCCGCUUCCGCGACCAGGACGAGGGCGAGGCCGUGUGCGGCGAGUGGAAGUUCGCGGCGGCCGUGGUGGACCGCCUCUGCCUGGUGGCCUUCUCGCUCUUCUCCAUCAUCUGCACCUUCACCAUCCUCAUGUCGGCGCCCAACUUCAUCGAGGCCGUCUCCAAGGACUUCACCUAAACCCGCCCCCCCCACCAUCCUCCUCCUCCUC